AUGACAAAUUCUCAACAAGAAUUUUUGAUUAAGUCACAGUUACCGUUGAAUGUAAUCGACGAUAUCGAAGUCAUAUGUCAAAAUGUUGCUGCUGCUCAGUUUUUCUCAUAUAUGUUAGAAGAUAAUAAUCCGUUUAAAGACAAAAUUAAAGUAGAUGAAAUGGUGUAUCAUGGCCGAAAACCAAAAUUUUUGAUUAUUGAAAAUCCUAAAUCAUUAAAAAUAUCAAUUCAGCGAGAAAAAAAAGAUGGCAAGAUAAUUCUAAAGUAUUUUAAUAAAAACGAUGCUGAUAAUGUUAAGAGCGAAGUAGCCAUAUUAGUUCCAGAAACAAUGACAGUAUCUAUUGAUAUAAAGGCUGAUAGCGACGAACCACAAACAUCCCAAAUUCACAUUACCACAUCCUAUAUUCUCGACGUACUGAAAGAACAUCCAGUGUUACAGUAUUUGUAUGAACAAGCAGGUUUGCCAGGAGUAAAAUUAGCAAAUAAAGAACAAGGUCAUAAACGUUUCACAUUAAAAAUCGUUGCUGAAGUUUGCGAUAUCAUUCCAUUAUCGAACUCAGAACUUCAGCGAAUAAAAAAAUUCAGUGAUUCAGAGGUUAGACAAGCUGUAAAUGAGUACAGGAAAAUGGCUGCCAUUCGAGAACCACAAUAG